UUUCUUUAGUUGAGUGUUUCUGUAGUACACGUUUCUCGAUACUGGCCGGAAGUAACUGAGUGACAAUAUGGUGCGCAGUACCGGAGUGACCUUUGUAUUUGCUCUGACUUUAGCUGGUUUUGUGCCAGUGGCUUCACCGGCAUGUACAGAUCCCACUGUUGUUAUCAAGCCACUCAAAGUCGUCACCGUAGCGAUCGAUGAUUUAUACAACAAUGUGGGUAUGCCUCCCGGAUACUUCCAAAAUAUUUUACUGAAAAUCGCAGGCCCGGAUAAUCCCAUUGAUCCAGUUCCCAUUUAUGCCAGCAAUUUUGACGAUGCCGUGAAUGCUUUGGAAAACGGCACGGCGGAUGUCAUGGCGUGUGCCGUGGAAAGCGACGGAGUGUACAAGGACCGGAAUGUUCUGUUUAGCGUCCCGUUCUUCACUCAGAACGUCACACAAAUAUCCAGCCUGAAUAAAGCGCUGACGCCCAAAGGAGUUAGUACAUGGUCCAUCACACCGCAGCUGCAGAGCAUCAAGCAAAAUCUGGACCAAUAUACGUCCAAAUCGGACAUGAUCAGCUCCGCUUCAUCCGACAUCCGGGAUGCGGGAGCGACAGGGGCGGCAUUGACAUCGGCGAUUGGGAAACUGUUCCCGAAAUCCGCACUGGACGACGCACUAGCACAGGCUUUCGAUGGGACCACGGUCUUCAUUGGACGCACACCGGUGACCGAUAACAAACUGACCAAGAAUCUCCAGUACAAUAAUCCUCUGACCGGCCUCAAGCAGACCGUCCUGAAAACGGUCACACCGUCCUGGGCUGUCCGAAACAAUGUUAUUAUUCAGCUACGAAUUAAUGCCGGUCUCCUGAAACUCCGCGGUGAUCAGAUGAAGCAGAUCUUUAAAGCCACAUUCCCGCUUUCCACAUUUGAAGAGCCGGCCAUCACAAUCACUUUGCAAGAUGUCGUCACGGAACUCAACAAACUGAUGCAGGAAUGCACCGCCUCAUCCACGACGACUUCCACUACACAGUCGUCCACCUCGGUUGACACAACCACCGGAUCCGCCAACAUAUCACCACAAACCACCGCCGAUGGUCUGACAACACCGGCAUUGACGUCCGGCGCGACCACCGCGACGGGUGCACCGGCGUCGUCCACUUCGGCACCUACGACAGCAUCUGGCACAACCGCUAAUGUAACGCCAACCUCCGCUUCGGCCACUACUGCAACAUCCACCGAUACCACUACUGACACCGGUUCUGGCACAUCACUGGCGCCGACCGGUAGUGUUACUUCGGCAACAACAUUGACUGGCUCAUCCGGAACGAGUUCGGCACCAACCGGAAGUUCGGCACAAAGCGGCACAUCCACGGCAUCCACCACAACUUCCGGCCAAGUAACUUCGUCCCCUUCGACUGCAUCUUCGACAUCCGGCACAACCGGUACCGGAACAUCGGCUUCUUCGGCAACUACUGGAGCUUCCCAAUCGACUACCGGUUCUGGCACCUCAUCAGGGUCGACUGCUACUUCGGUAACAACAUCAGCGGGUUCCUCCGGAACCGGCACGACGUCCACCGGAAUUUCGGCACAAAGCGUUACGUCGACAGCAACCAGCACCACUUCCGGUCAAGGUAGUUCACCCACUUUGGCCGCAUCUUCGGCGACAGCGGGUACAACCGCUACCGGCACACCAGCGCCCUCAACGGCAGCUACUGUAACGUCCGCCGGUUCCACGAUAGCUGCGCAAUCGACUACCGCUUCAGGUACAUCAACAGCAUCGACUGUGACUUCGGCAACAACAUUAACGGGUCCUUCCGGGACAGGUUCCACACAGAGCGGCGCAUCAGCCAUCACCACUUCCGGUCAAGGUAGUUCGCCUACUUCAACUGCAUCAUCGACUGCGUCCGGCGGAACCGCCGCGGUAACAUCAACGUCUCCAUUGGGAGUUACUACGACGUCCCCAGGUGUCACUGGAAAUACCGCUCAGUCGACCACGAUUGCUGGAACAUCUUCGACGUCGAGCGGUGCUAGUGUUGGCACUUCGGCGACGGCAUCAACGGGUUCAUCUGGAGCGAGCGUGACGCCGACAGGCAGUUCGCCACAAAGCAGCGUAUUGACCACGCCCACUGGUACCACGCCAACGUCCGCAACCACUACCGCCUCAUCCACGACGUCCGGAGCUGGCGCAUCUUCACCAGGAAGUACAGCCGGCAGUUCGGCGUCGACCACUUCCGGAACAUCGUCGACCACUCCCGCACCGUCCACCACUUCCGGAACAUCGCUGACAACUCCCGGAGCACUGUCGACCGAAUCCUCUGGAACCAGAUCCACAUCUUCCGGGAGCACGUCCGCCGUUACCGGGACGACAUCAGCCAUCAGUACAACGGGAGGAUCAGGAUCCACGGGGAUCAGUGCGGGCACUUCCGGAAGCACUACGGCUGGCCCGAUGUCCGUUGCUCCCACUGGUUCUGUAACAAACCCAACAUCGACAACCGAUAACGAAGAAACAACCACCUCCCUGGCAAAUAGUGGAUCAACCGGUAAUUCCGAUUCCGACAUCACGCCGGUGGCCGGCGGAACUUUCGUCACAACGGGCGAUGACGCAGUAUCCACGGUGUCUUCUGGAACAGGGGCCACUUCCUCCGGAAGUACAUCGAAUACCGGCGCCUCGAGCUCGGUGACCGAUUCAGCGUCGACCGUCGCCGACGGUGACGCAACUUCCGGAACAGGUUUCACCACUGAAAGUCCUUCCGAGGGUGCUUCAACGGUGGUUUCAACCGGUAACACAGGUGAUAAUGAAAACACACCGGUUGUGUCCAUCACAACGAUGUCGUCAACCGGUAGUACAUCCGAGGACGGCGUUUCCGGUUCGUCGACAAAUGACAACGAUGGUGCGGUAACACCGACGAGCAGCGGUGGUGUGACCUUUUCAAGCGGCACCACUGGAACCGGCGCUACGACGUCCAACCUACCGAGUGGUUUGACAACGGACGGUUCGGACAUUCUGGACUUCGACCCGACCAACCAACCCAGUCAGUCCGGUGGCACUGUACCACCGGCAUCAACGGUUACGGGUGGCACAAUUACCACACGAUCAGGGGUUCCGGUCACUGGCCAGUCGGAUAACCAAGACGAAACAACGACUGCUCCCAUAAUGUCAACGACUGGUGGUAACGAUGAUGGUGCAACAAGUGCCGGAGCCGUUACUGGUUUCACCAUAAUCACGUCUGAUGGUGGCGAUAACGAUGUAACCAGUAGCGGAGCCGUCACCGCCAUCGUUACUACUUCCGACGGUAACGAUAACGACGUAACCAGUGUCGGAACUGUUACAACUGGUGAUAACGAUGUAACCAGUACCGGAAGCGUUACAUCCAAUGGCAACGAUGUAACCAAUGCUGGUACCGUUACUGGCUCCACCGUUACCACAAGUGCCAGCCUACCAUUUACUGGCCAGUCCGAUAACCAAGACGGCACAACUGUUGUUUCACCAACCGCAACAUCGGACAGUAACGAUAACGAUGUAACCGGCACCGGGUCGACACUGACCACUUCCGGCUCCGAUCAAACAGAUAACAGCGCCACCAACAGCGCAACCGAUAAACCGGACGGUGGCGGCUCAAGCGGAUCACCGCAGCCAUCGACGGGCGAUUCCGAGUCAUCCACAUCCGGUUCCAGCACAAACGGAAAUAGCGAUGACCCAACCCCGUCAUCUGUCCCCGUAACCGGGCAGUCUGAUAGCGACGGGUCCAGCGUAUCACCACAAUCGUCUACACCCGACGAUUCAGAUUCGUCCACUUCCGGUUUAAGCACAACGGCGGACAGCGAUGGCUCGUCCUCCACUUCCGGUUCCAGCACAACCGAGGAUAACGACGGUUCUUCCACGUCCGCAACCGAUAAACCCGACGGUUCCGACUCUAAUUCAUCUUCCCAGUCAUCAGUUACCGGAGAUACCAAUGCGUCCGGGGGGUCCACCACUUACGGUGCUAGUACAGCGGGAGGUGACGACGGUUCGUCGACCACAUCCGGAACCGGUAAACCUGACGGUUCCGACUCGAGUGCAUCGUUUCAAACGACAUCUACCGAUGACUCCGAUUCUUCUAGUAAAUCAACGACUUCCGGUUUUACUACUACCGCGGGCAACAACGACUCGCCGACGACCUCUGGAAGUGACCAACCCGAUGGUCAAGAAUCCGGUUCUUCACCACAGACAUCGACGGUUGAUGCGGAUUCCAAUGAAUCCACGACACCCGGCUCAACUACUUCCGGGGAUACGAAUGACCUUUCAACACAACAGUCGUCCAAUCCACAGACCGAUCAAAAUGAAACCGGCGACCCAACCGGACCCAGCACGACAUCCGUUACCGGUUCCGAGACGCAGGACGUCUCCACCACGGAAUCCUCCGACGCCGGCUCCACGUCGCAAGUUCCAUUCACACCGAGUACGAACGGCGAGUCGACCAGUGCCGCUACGGGAAGCUCAUUCGGGAUCUCCGAAGCUAACGGUAACCCGGCAACAGGCUCUGGAGACUCGUCCGCAACAUCGUCAACGCCAUCAUCCGACCAGAACGAAACCGGCGAAACGACCGGGUUCAGCGUGUCACACAGCGGCUCGGAAACACCGGACGCCACUGCAACUACCGGUGCCGGUCAGUCCAGCGAGCCUUCCGGUGAGCAAACCGACUCACUGACUUCGGUGACGACAACGAGUUCGAACGAAAAUGAUGGAACAAGUGCCAGCGGGAACACCGAGUCGGAAGACAGCAUAACUUCUCCAAAUCCAGCGUCAACGUCCAGCGCCGGUGAUACUGAUGGGCCAGACGGCACUUUCACCACAACCGGAAGUGGAUCCUCGACUACCGGUCAGGAGACUUCCGAUGAACCAAGCACCGGAUCACCGGUGUCCUCUGCUACGUCAGAACCAAAUGAAGUAUCAGAAUCGACUUCCAGCGGUAACAGUGAAGGCCCGGAGCAAACCACCCAACCAGCGGAAACUUCCGGUACGGAUCCAACCGAUUCGCCAAACGAACAAACUGACGCACCGAUUUCCGCUACCACAGGUGGUUCCCCUACUACCGCAUCCACGGUGCAAUCCACUUCCGGCACCAUCGGGAAGACCGCCGCCCCCACUUCUGCACCGGCUUUGACAACCGGGUCCCAGGCUGCGUCCACUACGCGCGCCUCGUCGGUCGCCUUCACUGCACCGGCCUCAUCGGCCCCUUCCACCGCGUCGCACCGACCGUCCCGCACCCGCCGCACCACCACGACCACCACCCGUCGGCCGCGCCGCACCCGCUCAACGACCACCACCACCCAGCGCACCACGACGCCGACCCGCCCGACCACACGGCCACACCCACCGCGCCCCACAACGCGUCCGACACCGCCGCCGCAUCCGGCGUUCCCGUUCUACCGGCCGACGACGCACGCCACGACCCGUCCACCGAAUCAUAACAACCAGGUGCUGAAUCAGCUACUGCAGUAUCUGAUGCUCAUGCAACAGUUUAUGGGGGGACGCGGCGGCUAAACGUAGAAAUUAUAUAAUUUUAAGAGCAGAUAUCUGUGCAGUCGUCAGUGACGCUUUAUUCAAAAAACAGAACCAUUGAUCUUAUAGUUGUGUAUGAGAAUUAUAUUGAGAAACUUCCUACCGGUAGAAAAUCAAAAGAAUACUGAAAGCUGUUUACGUCAGUGCUGUAAUCUUAUACUCAAUACAUAUUGAAAAAAAUUGAUUUUGGAGCU